UUAAGAUGUCGGAAAACGCGAAAAAUAAUAGCUGCCUGCAUUGCAGCGUAUUCAAUACGAAAUAUCAGUACCAGGAGAUAUUCGAUGAGUUUGGAAUUGAACUGGGAAUACAGGGCCUGCUCGCCAAGCACUUCCAAUUCGAUGUGUUUCCCGAUCCGCAAAAGCAACAGCUCCUUUGCGAAGUGUGCGUCGAUAAUCUCAUUCGCUUGUUCGACAUCGAUGAACUGGAAAGGGAACGCGAGGCGGCCAAGGCGGCGGGGCAAGAUGAUGCCCCCCGGCAGGAAGAACCCAUCAUUAUCACCGAGGUCCAUGUAUCUCCACCAGCUGCAAAGCCCGUCAAGAAGGAAACUCCUCAAAAGCAUUUGGCCAAAGUACUUCGUCCUAUUCCCAUUAUUUCAACCCGGCAGCCAAGUGCUAGAAUAAGGAAUAGAUUAGUUCCUGCUCCCCAGAAAACGGCUGGUCUAUCUAAAUCUCCUGAGCUAGCUAAGGAUCCUUUACCGGAAACUUCUCCCCAUCAAAGGGUAGCCAAACUUGUUCCCAAGGAAGCGGAACAGGAGCAGAUCAGUGUUCUGAUACAAAACAUUCUCGAUGAAGAUGAAGCCAUUAUUGAAGAUGAGGCUAUUGUGGAAGAAGUCGCCAGAGAUGUUGCACAGAUCCACGAGGAAUCCGAACCAACAAGACAAAUGCUUCUGUUGAAUAGCCAAUCUGUGGCGGAACCAAACCUGGAUGAAGAUGUGUACAUCUACGAACAUGAAGAUAUUUUGGAUCCAAAUCUGGAGGAAGUUAAGGUCAAACCAAUGGUUAGUUCAUCCAGGUUGGUAGUUCAAGCUGAGGAAAGCCAAAGCGAUGGAGAAAUCGACGAGGGUGAGACCAGCAAUAUAGUUCUCUUCAAUUUUGUUGAAAUCAGAGAAAAGGAUGAAAUUGAAGAUAUUCCGGAGUACUUGUCCACCGUGGUGAAGACCAGCUUUGAAAAGCUUACAUUUGAAUGGUGUACAGUUUGCAAGCACUGCUCCCUGAAGUGUCCUACCUUUGAGAGCCUUCUAUGUCAUAUUUUAAAAACCCAUAAAACCCAAAGAGAUAUAUAUCAUUGCCCCAUUGAAGGAUGCGACAAAGAGCUGAAGGGACGCCAAUUUCUGGCCAUGCAUCUGGUUCUAUUGCAUGCACCCGUGGCAGAAAUUCCGAUAUAUGGCAGCUGCCCGGAGUGUAAAAUAACAUUUUCCAAUAUUUUGCAGUACAACAAGCACUCUUGUGCCCAUGUUAUUAAAAAGAAACGAGGUAUACGAUCAUUUUGCGAAAUGUGCUCCCUGGAGUUUCCAUCCUGGAAGCGAUUUAAUUUCCACAAUCAAUUCCACCUGGAAAAGCAUAGACCGCGCGUUUGUUUCGUUUGUGAAUUUGCAACUACCAACAUCGAUGAGCUUUUCCAGCAUUUGAACUACUCCCAUGAGCCAGUGGGCACCUUAUUCUGCGAUCUUUGCGACCGAACUUUCCGGGACCAAGCUGUUUUUAUAGAGCACAACAAAUCUCAUGCUAAUGUGAGCAGCACAACUUACUCUUGCGGCGAAUGUAUGGCAAACUUUGAAUCCAGAGGGCGAUUAAAUGGGCAUAUGAGAGCCAUGCAUGGCAGCGUUAUAAGUUGCGAGCUCUGCUCCCGCGAAUUCGCCUCCGAAGCCACCUAUAACAUUCACAUGAAGAAGCAUCUGAUCAUUGAAAGAGAUGUGCAUGUCUGCAACAAUUGUGGUCUGCUCAGUGACAGCCACGAGACACUACUUACCCAUGUGAACUCUGCUAAAACCAAGUGUUUUGGAACCAAGAUUUAUACGGAACUCCUUCGGGAUGCGUACGUCUGCGAGUUCUGUUCUUCGUACUUUAAGGAAAAAGACAAUCUCCAAGCCCAUCGGAACUCGGGAGUUCAUAAGGAUGGAUUGUACAGGUGCCAGCCGUGCAACAAAGACUUUCCACACAUGAAACUCUAUCGCCAUCACAUGCGCAACUACCAACAAAUUCGUGCGGAUUCGACGCAUCGCAAGCUGGAAAUUUGUGUGUACUACAUGUGUGAUCACGAGAACUGCUCGGAGGCCUAUGUUAACUGGAACUCCUUGUACACUCAUAAGCGACGCACCCACGAAUCUUCCAAUAAACAAGCGGAUAAGACCUCAAAGUCUGCUCAGGAAUGGAUUUGCCAGUUUUGUCUUAAAGAGUGCCGCUCGAAGAUGUCGUUGUCAGUUCAUGUGGCAAGGAGUCACAACAAUGACAACGUGGUUUGCCCUUUGUGCAAUGCAUCAUACAAAAGCCAAGACGCUCUGGCCAAGCAUCAUGCGUAUUGGCAUGAACCCAUCGAGUGUCCACAAUGUUAUAAAAUUGUCAAAAAUCGUCGAAAUUAUGAUACUCAUGUUAAUGUGGUACAUUCGAAUAAGAAGCGUUAUUCCUGUAGUGUCUGUCAAAAGGGUUUUUAUCACAAAAGUGAAAUGGAGGCUCAUCAGAAGCUCCAUGGACAGUCUUACAGCUGUGAUCAGUGCAGCUUCACCACCAGAAACAAGAAAUCCCUGUCUGUUCAUAUUAUGUGCCAGCACUACAAGCGAUUUGAUUUUGAGUGCAUUGAAUGUAAGAAGAGGUUUGGACGGCGUCAAGGCUUGAAUACUCACAUGCAGCGAGCUCAUGGAACCAAGUUCACGUGCCGCGAUUACUUUGAGGGCGGCUGUGGACGCACCUUCAUUAACAGUUCCCAGUUGAAUGUACACGUUCGAAAGGUGCACAAGGGUAUUAUAUUCCUGCAAGAGGAUGUGGUCGAAGAGGAUGAAUAUGUCAGCGAUGAUAUGCCAUCCACAUCGAAGAAGCGCUGCAUACGCAUCGAUGUGGAUACCAUUGAGUUUGAAGAGGACGCCGCAGAUGAUCCAGAUGGCAUAGUGAUGGAAGACGGAGAGGAUGAGGAAGAAGAAUUCAUGGACGAGAUACCAGAUGAAGAUACCAAAAAUUAAGGUAGACACAUUUCGGUAAUGUAAGAUUUGUUGCUAAAGCAGAUUUAUUUGAUUUGAUUUCCAUUUGUUUGCUACCAAUUAAUUGAACACAAAUGAUGUCCGAAAAUGACAUUUAGAUGUAUUCAAUAGUACAUAAUACAUAAGUCUAAUGAUAAUGUAAUAGCUACAUUUAGGCUAACUUCAAUUGCAAUUAACUAGCCAGAGUCUGGCGGAAGCAAAUUUGA